AUGCUUUCUCGCCAGCUAGUCCGCCAUCGACCGCGUCUCGUGACCACCACGACGCGUGUCUCGCAGUCCGCGUCCAGGCCCCGAUUCUCAAGCACCCAGCCCCAGAAUCGAGCCACUACCGUCACCAAUGUGGCCACGACGGGCGCCCUGAUCGCAGCCGGAUGGGUGGUUAAUGACGUUUACAAGCGCGAUACCCGCGCAGGCGACAAGCACAACGCGCCGCCGGCCGCUGCUGCUGCCAAGACCGCCCUCGUGACCGGCGGCGGCCCGCGCAUACCGGAUCUCGACCAGCUGGGCACGUCGGACGGGCAGAUCGCCUACACGGCGCCUGCCUCCUCCGAGGACGUCACUCGGCAGCUGAACGAGCACGCCUUCUCCUUCACGGGCUUGGGCUCGCAGGGCGUGAGCAGAUACCACGGCGCCCAGCUGGCCUCGAACAGCCCGUGCGAAGACGCCUUCGUGCACGGGAGCUUCUCCAGUCCAUUCAAGUCCCAGGAGGUGGGUCGGGAUAACAAGUGGAUGGCGUGGGCGGUCUUCGACGGCCACUGCGGCUGGCAGCUAUCGAAUCUCCUCACCACGCAGAUGAUGCCGUUUGUGAGAAGGGCGCUGGGCGACGCGAAGCCUCCUAAAGAUGGGGAGGGGCCUGUGUCGGAGGAGUCCAUACACCAGGCGCUCAAAUCGGCUUUCACGACGCUCGAUGAUGCGCUGGUCAAGUCCGCCACUGCCACAAUCGACAGUAACAUGUCCUUUGCGGAGAAAGCAAGACGAUUGGAGGCGGCGUACGCCGGUUCGUGUGCUCUCCUGACGCUGUUCGAUCCAGCAUCGAGGAAUCUGAUGGUAGCAUCGACAGGAGACUGCCGGGCGGUCCUCGGCCAGAUGGCCGCCGACGGCAAGUGGGAAAGCAAAGACCUCACGGUCGACUGCACGGGCGCCACUCCCUCAGAGAUUGCGAGACUCCAGGCGCAGUUCCCCGACGAGCCCGACGUCGUCAAGGGUGGUAGGGUAUGGGGCAUGCAGCCCUCGCGCACCUUCGGCGACGGUAUGUGGAAGUGGACGGCGACGCUGAAGAACAGACUGCGCUGGUACUACAACGGCCUGAGCAUGCCCUCCUAUUCCCGGUACAAGAACUACAAGGACGGCCCUUACCUCACGGCCGAACCCCUGGUGACCACGACCAAGAUCUCCGACACGCAGCCCUCGUUCCUCAUCCUGUCCACCGACGGCCUCUGGGACACCAUGUCAAGCGAGGACGCCGUGGACCUCGUCGGCAGGUGGAUCGACUGGCAGGCGCAGGGGGGCCAGAAGGACAAGCAGCCGCUGAAGCCGCAGACGACGGACACGGUUUUGGGUUGGAAACAUCAGUGUCAGUACGACGAGAAGAAGGCCACGGUGCAGGACGACAAUGCGGCGGUACAUCUGAUGCGCAACGGGCUGGGCGGCGGAGACGAGGAGAUGGUCCGGGGAGCGCUCACUUUUCGAUACCCAAACUCGAGAGAUAUCCGGGACGAUAUGACGGUCCAGGUUGUCUUCUUUUCGCCCAAGAGCGCGUGA